UUCCUUUUUGCUGCCCCGUGGGCUGAAGAACUCAGGCAGAAGAACUGCAGAGACCCAGCAGGGGCUGAUGCUUCAGGAAGACAGCAGAGAGAGGGAGGCUGAUGGAUUUCACCAGCUCUGUCAUCGUCCCGCUGCUGUUCGGCAGCCUGGGCAUCUUCGCGCUGUUCCGGCUGCUGCAGUGGCUGCGCAUGCGAACGUACCUGCAGGAGGCUGUGGUGGUGAUCACAGGGGCCACCUCUGGCCUGGGCAAAGAAUGUGCCAAAGCUUUCCAUGCAGCUGGCUGCAGGCUGGUGCUGUGUGGCAGAGACAGUGAGAGGCUGAAGGGGCUGGUGCAGGAGCUCUGUGCUGUCAAGAAUCACCGCAAGAACCCACACGAGCCUCACACGGUGGUGUUUGACCUCUCAGACACCAAGGCUGUGGUGAAUGCAGCUGAGGAGAUCCUCAAGGCCUUGGGUCACGUGGACAUCCUGAUCAACAACGCUGGCAUCAGCUUCAGAGGCACCAUCGUGGACACAGGGCUGCAGGUGGACAAAAAAGUGAUGGAAACAAAUUACUUUGGACCUGUAGCCCUCACCAAAGCACUUCUCCCCUCCAUGAUCAAGAGGAGACAAGGCCACAUUGUGGCCAUCAGCAGCGUGCAAGGCAAAAUAAGCAUUCCUUUCAGAUCUGCAUAUGCUGCCUCUAAGCAUGCUACCCAGGCCUUCUUUGACUGCCUGCGAGCAGAGGUGGAGCAGUAUGACAUUGAAGUGACAGUGGUGAGCCCUGGGUACAUCCAGACCAACCUGUCCCUCAACGCUGUCACAGCGGACGGAUCUCGCUAUGGAGUUAUGGACAAGACCACGGCCGAGGGACAGACGGCGGCCGAGGUGGCUCAGGUGGUUCUCAAUGCAGUGGGACAGAAGAAGAAGGAAGUGCUUGUGGCUGGCCUGACCCCCUGCCUGGCUGUCUACCUGAGGAACCUCUGCCCCAGGCUGUUCUUCACCUUAAUGGCAUCUAGAGCAAAAAAGGAGAGAAAAGCAAAGGGCUCUUAGAGCUCAGCUGCCCUGAGCAGGGAGAGGCUGAGCCCCUGCAGUCGGCUGGGACAUCACUGGAGGUGCUCCUGCAGGAAAAUCCUUUCUCAGAGCUGUUUACCAUUGCAUGGAGACUGGGAAGUGGUUUCCCCCACACUGCUGGAAGACAGCACCUAAAGCUCAGCUGGAGAAGGAAGGUGCUUGGACAAUGGGGGAGAGCUGAGGCUGCAGGGAGGGCUCAGGGGAACACUGGGGAGGCCCUGGCUGGGACUCCUCACCUCACUGCAGGCAUGCUCAGCUUUGCUGGCCUGCCACAAAUAAACCCCACCUGUUCUGCCUUCAGCGAGCAGCCCUUGGCUGUCCCCACCCCUGUGAAAUACAGUCCUCAGCUGGGAGCUCUCGUGAUCAGUGUCUCAUUCCCACUCCUUCCACUCUGACCCAGGACACGCUGCUUGCAGUGGGAAACUUCACAGCCCCUUCCUGUUAACGUGCCAAGUCAGCUGAUAAAUUAAGCUCAAUCCAGUGCCACUUUUAAAGAAGUAACUGAUGUACAAUUUGGGUGUAUUUGGCAUCAUUUUACCUGUCUGAAUCGUGCCCUACUGACGGACUGGGACAGUUCAUUCUGCAGUGACAGCUCUGUGGAUCCCAGCCCCAGGAAUGCAGGGAAGCACUGAACAGGCAGAACAGCACAGCAGGGCAGCUGCUGCCAGGACACACUGCACAGGUGACAGCAGCACACCUGGGCCACCUGCAGCUCAGAGCAGCUGUGAUCCUGUGCAUGCCAGGCACUCUCUGGCACAGAGAAGAAUCCAGGUGUGUAAAGUGCAGAGUGUAGCAGCCAGAGCAAUCACAGGUGGUAAUUAUGAUCACAUCCAGUGGGGAAGGAUACCUGCCUGUUCAGGUAUCACUUCAGGGAGCCUGACAGCCUGAAGGGUGCUGUGUUCCAUUCCUCACCCCUUCUCCUCAUGUGAGGGACACCAGCACCAGUAGGAAAAAGGAAUUGCUGCACAGAUAGAGGACAGAAAUAAUCUUAAAAUUGAAAUAAACUCUACUAAUAGGAACCAAGGUUCAGACCUCUCCUGCCUCUCCAUGCACUUGCCAGCAUUUUCCAUGUGUCCUGCCUCACAUGUCCUGCCUGGGAGUGCACAUCUGAUGACAAAUAAAUUACAUUGCUAUGAAAU